GAUUCGAUAUAUUUAAAUUGUGUUUAUCUUUUUUUUUAAAUCGUAUGACAUCAGGGGAAGUUUCAAACUUUCGGAGAAACUGUCGGAUUAAAUUUGAAAUUAAAAAUAGUACAAUAUAAAUAUGGAAUAUAUUUUGAUGCUGCAUACUCCUUCCUAUUUCGAUAUGUAUAUAAAUGGAUAGAUAGAGAUGUGUAUGCGUGAUUUGUGAAACGAACCUUACAAUGGAAUUCCACUUAUACGAACACCAUUUAUUAUAACAAAAUCUAUAUAGUGCCCAAUUAAAUGAACUCCUGCCAAUUUAAUUUGCUUAUCUGAACGUAAAUUCCUAUUAUAUGAGCGAAAAAUCAUAGGUAGUGGGGAGAAACAGUGAACUCCUAUUAUAUGAACUCCAGUUAUGUUAUGAGUAUGAGCUGUUUGUCCCCCGAUGAGUUCACAUAGAUGAAGUUCUACUAUAUAAUUUAAUGAUCUACCAUACUUUAUAACAUAUAAAAAAGACAAUGAAAGGAUGCCAUGGAUGAACACAACAAUGAUCCUUAUGAACAACAGCUUUACGCUGUGUUUCAAAGUUGUUUAACAAAAGGAGAAACUGAACUACAAGAGGAUAACUGGUUCAGUUUAUGCCAUAAGUUACACCUGACGGAACAGAGUGAAGAAUUAAAAUCAUGCAUUCAACAACAUAAACAAGAAAAGCAAUCUAUAUCAUUCCAAGAAUUUAGAGCUGCUUUAUUAACUCUAUUAGGCAAGACACAAGAUUCAGUUACACAGACAGAAAAAGAUAAUAUAAUAGAAUCACAAAAUGACGCAAAUCCACAUGUUGUAGAUAAUAAAUUACCACCUAAUAAUUCUAGCUCUAAUGUAGAUUUUUUAAAUGGAAAAACAGGCGUGGCAGUGGAUGAGAAUAGACUAAAAUGUUUAUGGGAAAAAAUAAAUACCUGUUUGAAAGAAAAUGUAGAUUCUGCAACAAUCUUUUUUAUAUCUAAUUGUUUAGGAAUCCCAGCUCUUCCGAAACAAAUAUCACAGUGCAUUUUUGAAAAACUUGAUCAGAAUUGUGAUGGAUUAAUUAAUUUGGAUGAAUUUCUUGUUAUAUUUCAAAAUAAGGCAAUGGAAGAUCAAUUAACACUAGAUAAGAAUAAACAGUCUACAAAUGAAUUAACUAAAUUGGAUUUUAGAAAACGAAACUAUGAUAUACAUGCUUCUCGCAAAACUAGUUUUACAAGGAAUAAUACUUUUCUGGAUACAUGGAAACUUUCAAAUAUUACAAGUACAUCGUUAUUAACGGAUGGAAAUUUUAAAACAUCUGAUAUUUCUUUAACUGACUUAACAAGUAGUUUAUGUGAUGAAUUGAAAAAUUUUAAUGACUCAUUAGGUCACUCUGCCAUUCGAUCUCAUAUAAUGUUAUUACGAGAUGUUCUUAUACUAUAUCAAGAAGAAUUACACAGUUUAAACCUCGUAAUAGAGAAUAUAAAUGGUGAGAAGGAAAAGCUGCGUGUUGAUAUCAUAGAAGCUAAUGAACGAGCAAACACUCUUGCGCAAGAGAUUGAUGAGCAACAUGUUCGACAAGAAGAAAUUGUUCAAAAUUUACGAAAACAAAUUGAACAACGACAUGCUGAAACUAUACAAGAUCUUUCAAACCAAUUGAGUUCUGAGCGAGAAAUGAGUGCUAGUGUUUUGAAAUCAAAGGAUGACCAAAUACAGAUGUUGCAAAAAGAGAAUCACGAGAUUAGAAAUAAGUUUGUAAAUACGUUACAAGAGAAUCAAGUUUUAGAAACUGAAAAUGAGAAUCUUCGUAGUCAAAUAGAAAAACUUAAGCAAUCAAACAAUGAAUUCUUAACUCAAAUAAAAAUGUUGGCAGCAGAGCAUGAUGAGUCGCAAAAUAUAGAGAUAAAAUAUCAACAAGAAGUUAUGUAUUUGGUAGAGCGUAUCAAACAGUUGCAUUCAGAAACAGUUCUUUUACGAGAUCAAAACGAUGAACUUACAGCAGAACUAGACAGUUUAAAACAGCAUGAUCGUCAUAAUAAAGAUACAAGUUAUUGCAGACAGAAUAACCUUCCUGGCAAUCAUACAGCAAAGAAUAUACAGUCAAAUGAAACUGAAAGUAAAGAAACAUUUAUAAUCGAAGAAGAUGAUUUAGAUGUUGUUUUAAAACAUUCCACAUCUCCAUCUUAUAAAUCCAAUGAAGAAGAGAAUGCGCAAAAUUGUAAAAAGAUAGAUUUAAAACGAUUUAAAGAUAUAGUUAUAAAACAAUUAAAAAGUAUUUUAGUAAAUAAUAACAAGUGUACUUCAGAAAACUGUGCAUUUAAAGAUGAAAUAUCAGGAAUGAUCAUAGGAUUACAAUCGAAUUCAAAUACACAAUUUUUCAAAGAGACUGAAUUUAUCAAAAGCAUCGCAUCUGAGAUAGAAACAGAAUGUGAAGAAAAAACGAGUGAUUUUGUAAUUCCCAGACACAAGAAUUCCGUUUCUAUUAAACGGGUAGUAACAUCCAAUAAUAAUGAUAAUAAUUGUGAUGUUGAUUAUUUUAGUAAUCAAGAUAUGAAAAGUUCAUCACAUAACAAAGUUUCAAGUCUUAGAGAUUAUCCUCCUCGUAAAGAAGAGUACAUAAAUGCUGAUCAUUCAAAAUCAAAUAAGGAAAAAGAUGUUUUGAUCACUCAAUGCGCAAAGAUUACAAAUGAAGUUAGUACAAGAACUAAUUCAAGCUUAAUAAAAAGUGACUCAUCUGAAAGUGUUUCCUUAAAUUUGAAGUUGAAAGAACUUGAAGCAACUCAUGCUACUGAAAAAAAACAAUUGAUUGAACAAUGUGCAGAAUUAGAAAGAAGUCUUGAUAUGUUAAGAGUAGAAUACGAAGAGUGUGAAGAUUACUGGACUGCUAAAUUGGAGGAAGAAAGACAACUUUUUGAGCAGGAACAAAAAAUUAGUGAUGAGAAAUUUUCAGAACUUAUAGCUAAAAUGGCUGAGUAUGAAGAAUUAAUUAGUCCAGUAGACAAAGUAAAGAAUGGUGGACGUCUAUCUCCAAUUGAAGAAAAGUUUAAUUUAGAACAACAAUACUUAGAUCUUGAAGAAGAAUUCGAAAAAUGGAAAGCACAAAUGGAAGAAGAAAUAUCCCAAAAAGACAAAGAGAUUAAAAAUUUACACGAGAAAAUAAAAUCCUUAGAACGACCUAUAAUGACUGAUAUGUCUGUACAAGUUACAGAUGAAUUAAUUUUUCCGUCUUUAUUUACACGAUCAAAUUAUGUACCUAAUGAUUCGUUCAAUAUUCAACCAUCCAGUGAUUCGGUUUUGAAGUUAGCUCAAUGUAUCGAUAAUAUUCACAACCUUCCUGAAGAAUAUAAAUUUAAUAAAAUUCUGGAAUCUUCGACCUCGUCAAAUGACUUUACUCCACGACUAUCGAAAGAUAAUUUAGAUGAUGAUAAUUGUAACCUGCACCAAAUAUAUCCCCAUUAUCAUCACAAUGCAGAAUAUUAUUUUCUGCAGAAUACUUCGAAGUUGCAAAAUUUAAAAGCGCCAAAUUGUCAAUGCAUGCGAAAUGAUGCACAAGUAGCUUGUAUAAACAUCAAUAUAUUGCAAAAUUUAAGUAUGAAACUUCAGGCACAAGAGCGUAAAAAAAAUCAAUUGCAAGAAUGUUUGAAGAAACAGCAAUACCACACUGAACGUGUAUUACAACAUAUUAUGUCUCAACACCAAGCAGAGAUAUCUGAAUUACAAUGUCUUCUUCGUAGUACUCAAGAAAGACUUCAAAGAGAAUUUGAAACAAAUGCAGAGCAGGCUGAACAAUUGACACGAAAUGAUAUAUUAGUAAAACAUCUAUACACAGAAAAUGCCUGUUUAACAGCUAAUUUAAAACGUUUACAGCAACAUUACAAUAUCUUAACAGGAUUAAAUGCUGAAUCAUCUUCAAUAUGAUAUUACAAUCAAUUAUCAAUAAUGUAUAAAAGGCAGAGCUCUAUUAAUAAAAUAUUAGUAAUAAUGCUACUAAUAUUUUAACGUCAGAGUGUAAGUCAGAGGUAGAUACCCUAUCUCAAUUGUUAAUUGUGAUACAUACUAUCUUUUUUCAAUUAUAGUAUUAGAAUAACAGUAAACAAAAUUAAUAUUUUUUUUAUGAGUGCUCAUUUUAAAUCAUAGAAUAAUUUAAAAAUUCAAAAACAAGCAGUUGACAUUUUUUAAAAUUGAUAUACGUCUUUUAUUUUGCACUUUGAGAUUUGUGCAAAUAUAUAUCGAUAAUGUCGAAAUGGUUAUACAUACAUAUAUUUCUUGAAUUUCAUCUUGUGCAUAUGUGUAUAAAAAUAUAUUACAUGAACAUAAACUUUGAUACAAUUUAUCAUAUAACAUUAUGUAGUAGGUGAUAUUAUGUAAUGUGAUAAACAGAAAAUCUUGUUUUGUUUUGAGGAUUUAAGGACAAUGUACUAUAAAAAGAAUGAUAAAAUUAUCAAUAAUUAAGAGAGUUGAAACAAUUAGAAAUUUACAUUUAUGUUUAAAGCAAACAGUAUUUAUUACUAGACUCAAAUUGUUUCUAACGUAAACAGAGUUUGAAAAACUAGUAUGUUCUUCACUUUAUGACGUUGAUUAUUAUUGAUAGAAGUAUAUAAUCUGCCUUAUAAUUUGUAAGUUACAAUUAUAAGUAUAUCUCAUAAAAUCCUAUCGAAUUCAUAUUCUUAGAUCAUUUUUAUGAAAUUAAAGAAAACAAACAGUCUAAUUAUGAAUCAUGAUAAAAAAGACCCAAAUUAAUUAGUACAAAAAAUUAUUCUAUCAUUGUUACUAUUAUUUGGUAUUCAUUAAGUUAUUAUGUAUAAAUAGAUAUUUUUCAGAACGAUUUGGUUAGAUUCUUUAGCCUAAAUGCCAAAGAUAGGAAAUUUCUUAUUAUUAACUUUAUUAAACAAAUCAUUGCUAAAUAUGUUCGUUACUUGUUGCGUAUAAGUAAAUUAUUUUUUCUUGGAAGCUUAUUUUAGUUAUUACAAUCAAAUUACAAUAAAAUUAUUUUGUUCUUUUUAUAAGAUGCGUAUUUUUUAAACAUCGAGAAUAAAGCUUAUACGAAACAAAUACAUAUUAUAUACACAGUAAUAUUAUCAUUUAUAGUAAAAGUAAAAUAGCAGAGAAAAAACUCAAAUCUUAAUACUGAUUCUUUAGACUAAAAUUUCCUUCUGUUUGCUUUUUAUAUAUUUUUAAAUAUAAAAUUCGUGAGAUUCUAUUUAAUGUGAAGUUAAUUUUUAUGACAAUUAUGUUGAAUUUAUUAAUAUGUUUCAUUAAAAUAAAUUGUUAUUUAUGUUCUCGAAAUCCUCAAUGUUCGGAAUGGUUUUAAUUCAGUAUUACAGAUUUAGACCUUUAUUAUGCAUAAUCAAGAUUAAUACUAUCAUGAUCAAUAUUUUGGGUUCAAUUAUGUUAUAUUACAUAAUUCAAUAGUCACAUAAGAAUACAUAUACAAAUUACUGUGUGUAUUGAAUAUCCAACCAAAUAUAUCCGCGGUAUUGUAUAAUAUAUGGUCAUAUUUAGCUUUAUUUAGCAUAUAAUAAUAAUAGGUACUAUCUGUAUAUACCAUACACACACAUAUACAACUUACUUUGUAUAGUAAUUAAUCUAAUUGAGAUUUAUCUAAUUUUGAUCAUAUCGCUGCCAUAUAAAACAUUUUGUACAUGAUAUUUAUAUAAAUGUUUGUAUAUUACUAUUCUGCAGCGAACUAAGUUUCUUCACAUUUGCCUUAUUGAUGACUCUUACACAAUCUUUGUAAUUAUAUACCUGGUGCCUUAACGACUAUAAUAUAAUCGGCAAUAGGGUGAUUUUACGUCAAAAAACAAGUCGAAAAUAUACAAUAAAAUUUUUUCGUAUGACUCUUCAUUUUCAGAAAAUCAAGUUUGAAAAUUAAAUAUAUUUAAACUUGGCUAAUUAAGGACUAGGUAUGAGCAAACAAUCAGCAGGAAGUUAUUCUAUAUGAGAAAAGAAGUAUAAAAUACAAAAAUACAAAAUACAAUCUUUCCGUUUCAGUUUUCUAGAAAAUAGAAUUUGAACAUGUUUAGUUAUUAACUUACAUUCGUAUAAUAAAUUUCCAAAUUUAUCUUUUAAAACAAGAAAACAAAAUAGCUUAUGAAAAAAUGUUAUUUUACAUUUUUAACUUAUUUUCAAAUAUAGAAUAAUUUCCGGUUGAUUAUUUGCUUUUGCUCAGUCCGGAAUUAGUCAAGUUUACUUACAAAAUUUUCGAAUCCAAUUUUCUGGAAAGUGUAGAGUCAUAUGAAAAAAUUUUAUUCUAUAUUUUCAACUUCAUUUUUUACGUAGAAUCACAGUCGUUGGGACACCCUGUAUAUAUUUUUAUAUAUUAUAUUUCUUUAUUACACUGUUGUUAAAUUAUCUCGUCUUCAAGUAUUCUAUAGUUUUUCAUAACGGAAUUGUUAAACGGCAAUAAUUACAGUAAUACUAAUAGCAAAUUAUACGACUUUGAUGCAAUAAUUAGAAAUUUAAGAAGUAUAAUUUGUUUUAUUAUUACAAAAAUUAUGUUUCCUAUUGUAUUUACAUUGUAUGUUGUUAAAAUGUACAAAGUGUAUUAAUGAGUAAAGAGCAUGAAGGAGGAAAAAGCUUCAAAUCAAACUCAAAUUUUUUAUUAUUAUAUUAUACCUUACAAAUUUUGUUUAUUUAUUUAUAUUGCUUAUUUAAAUUAUUUAUAAUGUUUUUACUACAAUUUGAAAUGUAAUAAAUAAUGAUAAAAAGAGCACGGACUACUAAAUUGUGUAUUUAUAUUUGAAAAUCUAAUUUUUCUUAUACCUUUCUAUAAUUUUAUCUUCUUUCAUUAUAUCGUUAAUUUAUUUGAUUCAAUUACCAUUGAUAUAAAAGAUUAUUUGUUUUAAUUCUUAAAUGAAUCGAGUUUCUUUUCAUUCUAUCAUUUUUUAGAUAAGAGAAAAAUAAUUCAAUCAAGAAAAUGUAAUUAUGUUAUAAUUAUUUUUAUGCAGAUUAAUUAAAUUUAUAUGCAUAUUUCGAAGAAGUAGUAUUUAUUAGUAGUAUUUAUUACGUACCUUUCCAUCAGCAUCACUUAUUUCGGAGAAGAAUUAAAUUUAAAGGACUGCAGAUACGUGAACACGAAAGAUAUUAUUUAUUUAUAAUUUAUGAGGACAAACAAGUAAAUUUACAUAGGAAGGACACUUUCAGUAAAACACAUUUGCUAAACCGUUAACAUGUUUAACAUAAAGAAGGAAACUAAUCGGAGUCUAAUCACCAGCCUUGCUGAUAUAGUCUUUCACCAAACGGCGUUAUAUUUGAUGCGCCACAAAACAAUCUAAUCAGAAUUAUGAAACAUUCUCGAAGCGAAAGCACGAUAAUUAUAUGCAUUUUUUGUUACUAAUUAUACUAACACUAAUUUUUCGUCGCUUCGUAGCGAAAAAUAAAGGACUUAACGUGAUCUUCAAAUGGACACUAAACAUUCCUAUCUCUUUAUCUGUUUUGUCUCUCGUUCUUUCGCUCGCUCGUUCGCUCUUUCUCUCUCGCGCGCUCUCUUGUUUUCAUCUUAUUUAUUCGACCGCUUUUUUCUUUCACUUUCAAUUCCUCUAUACGUAAUCUAUAAUAGCGUCAUAGUAAACUAGUAAGGUACAAACAGGAGUUUUAUACAUGGUUUCACGAGAGAAUACAUUAAGCUCAGGUCUUAUCUCUACUUUUACGAAAACAUGGUCCUGUGUGUGUCCAACUUUGCGAGACAAAUGUUUCGUUUGGAACCCUCCGGCGAAUCCUUUUUGUCAUUUCUUGAAAGAGUGAGCGGAAAUCGACGGAAAUCGGCGCGAGUUUAAGAAUGCAAUUUUAGACACGCACGCAAGACAAACUUCGCGACGUUUACUCGAAAAUGCUGACGCGAAUGAAUUACGCAAAUUAAAAAUCGGAAAGAAACGAUUCGUUGAUAGAUGUCGACCGGACAACUACUUCAUUCAUCUAAUUAUCGAUAACGAGAAUACGAAAAUCCGUUGCUCAUAUUAGGCAUAUUACUAUGCACGUGUACUUACAUGUUAAACUGUACGUAUAUUCAAUUCGAUUCGUUUCGCAAAAAUGGUCGACGUUGUUUUGCUUUGGGAAUCUAACUUAAAAUUAAUAUCGGUAUAUAAUUUGUGACAUCGAAAUUAAUAUUUUAUUUAUUGAGCAAGGAUCUAAAACAUUCUUUCUUCUUCUCAACUAGCGAAACUAAGGCUAUGACAUUCAUAUGAACGAUUAUUCGUGCACGCUGCUUCGAAGAUGAUAUAUACGUUUACUUUACGACGAGAAGUAAUUUAGAAGGGAUUUGCGAUUGUGCAUGCUUACUUUCGUGUUUUUUUUUUCUUUUUUAAGAAUCGAAAACAGCAAAACGAUUAAAAAGAAAAGAACAAGUAUGUUUUUUUAGACUAAUCAAAACAGAAGAACAACGAAUCUAUCGAUACAACAAAACGAUUAAUGCCCGAUUCCUUAAAACGAUAUUAUACGAAAACUCGUCGGAAGUUUUCUUCUCAACGUCAUGGAAAACAUCGUGCGUACAAUUAACGCUAAUAUUCUCUAGAAUUAAUGUAUAUUAUUAUCUAAGUAUUCUUUCAGGUAACAACAUCGCAAAAAAAGCUUCUAAAUGUCAAUAUUACACAGAGAGGUUAUGUGUUACAUAUUUGCAAUGCUAUAAGUAGUCACUGGUCAAACAGUUUCCAUUAGAAACGUCUGUCUCUUGAAAUUAAACUAGUACGAAAGAAAAGAAAUACAGUUUCGAAGGAGAGGAGAAAGGAAAGACCUAAAACAAUGGGCAUCGCAACAAUAUUUUUUACUAAGUACGAAAACUAGCAUUCUGCAUUUAUACUCGUUACAGAAUUCGAGGAGUUUCCUUCGAAGCAGGUGCAUCACAGUUAUACAGUUUGUUUAGCGACUGGGUUUUCUAUCUAAUCGUAGUUACGCCUUACAGCCUUAAAGUCUAAUAUCAUAAUUUGCCCGUGUCCACGGGUACGGUAGGUACAAUAUUAUUGACAAUCAUUAAGACGGAUCCUACUAUUUAAGUAUAAUUAGGUACAUUUUGUGCAAGGUAAUCGUUGUGUGACAGAAUAUAGGACAAGUGGCUACGCACUCAAACGACUGAAGCGUCUUUGUAAAAUGAUGCCGUAUCUCUCUUUUUCUUUCUCUUUCUCGUGUGCACAUAUACGUCUUGCCUCUAUCUAUACUUUUCGAUCAUUUUGUUCGUUUCGUUCUUGUUUUUUUCCUUUGUAUUUCCUUCCGUUAUAGCCAGUAAUUGUUCAUUUCUCUCGAAAGACAAACGAAACAAGAGGAUCCGACUCGUCUGGUGUAUAAAGUAUAUAAAGGUUUCUACCACAGCCCAUUUAACGAUAUAUCAUUCAUAUAUAUAUAUAUAAUAUAUAUAUGUAUAUAAUAUAUAUUAUUGUUAUAUUAUCAUAUACGUAUCAUUAAUACGAUUCGUAGUGUACAUUGAAACGUAAACAUAUAUAAUAUAUAUAUAAAAAACACUAAGAACGACAGAUUUAAUUUUCUUUCCUUCUCUCUCAUAUCCAAGCUCGCGCAUCUGUUACGCUAUUUGCUUCUCUGCUCUGGCCCUCGUUCUUUUCCUUUAUAUUUUCCAACGUCCCUUUUUUCUCACAUUCCGACAAAUUUUUUCACGAUCAUCCAUAUACUAUUACGUUUACCCGGAACACUGUACGAUCCACGUUAUCGCGGUAAACAUCUAUUCACUGGCGCUUAUGUUAAAGGAUGCCGAAGAAUUCUCUUGUCUAAACGUCGAAGAAAGGGCUAAUAAGAAAACGUCGUUUUAAAGUCCUUAAGAGUUCUCUCUGAUUUAGUUGGAUUGUCGAUUCAGUUUCACUUGAGAAUAAAUAAUGCGACCUUUUUGGGUUAUUAGCGUUGUAAAAUCACAGCCCAAAAGCAUCGAAGAAGUUGAACAAACGAACAAGCUAGAGAGUCGAUCAGACACGACACGUGCGCCAAUCAUUAUUAUUGCCGUUGCCUCGUCUUCGAUUCGAGCAAACCUUUUGUUUUCGUUUUGUCACACGUAAACAAAUAAUACGAGAGAAAUAAGCUCAAACGCAAACGGAAAAUUACGAAACUAAUCGAUGCUGAAGCAAAAGCGUACGCGUUGAUAUUAAAAAUUGGUCAAAUUGUUUCUUCUUUUCCUUCUCUUUCUAAUAUUUAUAAGUUUCUUUUUCUGUUUGUCGCUUUAAAGGUCUUAAAUUGUUUAUAUGUACGCAAUAAAAAAAAGAAAGAAGAAGAACCGUAUGCUAGUAAGUGACAUUUGAAAAAGUCGUUAAAAAAUGCUUUCUCGAGUAAUAUGAAAAUAUUCGAAUCUGCAAGCAAUAUCGGUAAAUAAUAUCAAUCAAAAACGCUUCAGUUGAGAUUUAAUCGAUUAUCCGAGAGAUUUCGGGAACACAAAUAAGAAAUUUGUAAUGGAAUUCUAGUAAAAACCACUUUUAUUGUACCAUUGUUCUAAUUCGUCCCAUACAACAUCUGCGAAUCGAGCGUCAUCGCUUGGGCUAAAAUUAUUGAUGAUAUACCUCGGUUAAUGAUUCUCUCUCUUUUUUUUUCCGGCAGUAUAUAGUGUACUUUAUCGCAAUUAGUCUCCUGACACGAACCUUUUCUCUUUUAAAAAACAGUCGUAGAGUAACACAACGUUGAUACGAGUUAAGCGUAACGAAUAUAAAGAUUCAUCGGGUAUAGGCAAACGUACACGAUCGCUUGCGAAAAAACGACGACGAGAGUGAAUGAACGUAUCUUUUCUUUUUCCUCCUCUUUCUCGUGUUUUGCGAUUCGCUGGCACUGUCGUAAAUAACAACACAUUUACACGAAUAUUAAUGCAUCCGUAAAAAAAUUAUUUUGUGCAGUUUACAGAAGGUGGGAGUUACCGUCGUUUUUUUUCAAGAA